AUGCAGUUUCAAGUGAUUACAGAUCUGUUGGAGAACAAGGAGCUACUGGAGCAGCUUAAAGCGGAAAAAUUCGAUUUGGGAAUUACUGAGCUGUUCGACUUCACCGGCAUGGCCGUAUUUGAGGCAAUUGGUUUGAAGAAUAUUGUUGGAGCUCAUGCACAGUCUGCGUUGUUUGAGGGCACAGCCUACGCUAUAGGAUCUCCAGUGAUUCCCAGUCUCAUGCCCGCUUCCUUGGGAAUCACCGACGACUCCCUUUCAUUCACAACUCGUGCAAUAAACCUUUUUUUCACUUAUUUAUCGUACUAUUUCCAAAGCAGUCUCGCUAGCGCCGCUGAAAAUGCUAUGAAAAAGCAGUUGGGAAGUUCUGCAACUCCUAUAUGGGAUCAAGUUGGGCACAUGACCUGGAUUCUAACGAACUCCGAACCGUUGCUAGAGUUCGAUAAGCCAACUCUGAAUAAGGUGAUCCACAUCGGUGGCAUUGGCGUCCAUGAACCCAAACCUCUAGAUAAGGAAUGGGACAAGAUUCUGAAUUUGCGCAAAUCUACUGUGUUAAUCUCAUUUGGUAGCGUCGCUCCUAGUGUGAGCAUGCCGCUAGUGGUAAAGAAGGCUUUCAUCGAGGUGAUAAAAUCUUUUCCUGAUGUUACAUUUAUCUGGAAGUAUGAACAGCCAGAUGAAGCACCAUUCGCUAAAGAUGUCGAGAACCUCAUUCUCUCCAGCUGGACUCCCCAAAGCGAUUUGCUCGCUGAUCGCCGCUUGACAUUAUUCGUAACGCAUGGUGGUUCAAGUAGUACUAUGGAGAGUGCAACUUUUGGAAAACCCUUGAUUGUUAUUCCUCUUUUUGGUGAUCAGACAAGAAAUGCCAAAAUCAUCACAAAAUUUGGUUUCGGUAUUCACGUAGAGAAAGCUUCUCUGCAUGACAGCAAAGUGCUUCGUAACGCGAUUGAAACAAUAGUCAAGGACCCCAAAUAUACAACUGCAGCGAAUCGUGUCCAGAAACUUCUGUCAAAACGACCAUUUUCGCCUGAAGAAAAGCUGCUAAAAACUGUUGAUUUAGCCGUUGAAUUUGGACAAAUUCCAGAGCUUUUGGUGUCGGGAAGAAAACUUAGCUUCAUUACAUACCAUAAUCUAGACAUUUUCGCUGUUUUUCUUGCAUUAUGUACAUUUGCUACUUUCUUGUUUAUAUCAUGUCUCAAAAGACUUACUGGUAAUAGAACAGUAGAUGCGAAGAUCAAGAAGCAGUAA